UAUCCCAGCCGCACCGGUCCUUCCUGGCACACGCGAGGCUCUCAUGGCUCUGGCGGUGGCCCCGUGGGGGCGACAGUGGGAAGAGGCCCGCGCCCUGGGCCGGGCAGUCAGGAUGCUGCAGCGCCUAGAAGAGCAAUGCGGCGACCCCCGGCUGUCCAUAAGUCCCCCUUCGCUGCGGGACCUGCUGCCCCGCACAGCGCAGCUGCUUCGAGAGGUGGCCCAUUCUCGGCGGGCGGCCGGCGGAGGCGGCCCCGGGGGUCCCGGCGGCUGCGGGGACUUUCUACUCAUCUACCUGGCCAAUCUGGAGGCCAAGGGCAGGCAGGUGGCCGCGCUGCUGCCCCCCCGGGGCCGAAGGAGUGCCAACGACGAGCUCUUCCGGGCGGGCUCCAGACUCAGGCGACAGCUGGCCAAGCUGGCCAUCAUCUUCAGCCACAUGCAUGCAGAGCUGCACGCACUCUUCCCCGGGGGAAAGUACUGUGGACACAUGUACCAGCUCACCAAGGCCCCAGCCCACAUCUUCUGGAGGGAGCGUUGCGGAGCCCGGUGUGUGCUGCCCUGGGCUGAGUUUGAGUCCCUCCUGGGCACCUGCCACCCUGUGGAACCAGGCUGCACAGCCCUGGCCUUGCGCACCACCAUCGACCUCACCUGCAGCGGGCACGUGUCCAUCUUCGAGUUCGACGUCUUCACCAGGCUCUUUCAGCCAUGGCCAACACUCCUCAAGAACUGGCAGCUCCUGGCAGUCAACCACCCAGGCUACAUGGCCUUCCUCACCUAUGAUGAGGUCCAAGAGCGUCUGCAGGCCUGCAGGGACAAGCCAGGCAGCUACAUCUUCCGGCCCAGCUGUACUCGCCUGGGGCAGUGGGCCAUCGGCUAUGUGAGCUCAGAUGGCAGCAUCCUGCAGACCAUCCCUGCCAACAAACCCCUGUCCCAGGUGCUCCUGGAGGGACAGAAGGACGGCUUCUACCUCUACCCAGAUGGAAAGAACCACAACCCAGACCUGACUGAGCUCGGCCAGGCAGAACCCCAGCAGCGCAUCCACGUGUCAGAGGAGCAGCUGCAGCUCUACUGGGCCAUGGACUCCACAUUUGAGCUCUGCAAGAUCUGUGCUGAGAGCAACAAGGAUGUGAAGAUCGAGCCAUGCGGGCACCUGCUCUGCAGCUGCUGCCUGGCUGCUUGGCAGCACUCGGACAGCCAGACCUGCCCCUUCUGCCGCUGUGAGAUCAAGGGCUGGGAGGCCGUGAGUAUCUACCAGUUCCAUGGUCAGGCUACUGCUGAGGACUCGGGGGACAGCAGUGACCAGGAAGGCAGGGAGUUGGAGCUGGGGCAGGUGCCCCUUUCGGCUCCUCCAUUGCCCCCACGGCCAGAUCUGCCCCCCAGGAAGCCUAGAAAUGCCCAGCCGAAGGUGAGACUCCUAAAGGGGAACUCCCCUCCAGCUGCCCUGGGACCCCAGGACCCUGCCCCGGCCUGAAGGCCAGGGCACCGAGAUGUGCUGCUAAAGGGAGCCCCAAGGGCUGGAAGGGGGUUGUGAAACUGAAAUAAACUGCCAAGCCUGGUCUGUCCUCCAGGGUGCGAAGGAAGAGUGCAGUGGCCAGCAGGGGGCAGCAGAGGGCAGCGGGCGCUGGGAAAGGGCCGUCCCCAGGCCUGGUCCGUACCUGAACAACAGGAGUCCAGGCCCCAGCCCCUCCUCCCUCAGACCCAGGAGUCCAUACUCCAGCCCCUCCUCCCUCAGACCCAGGAGUCCAUACUCCAGCCCCUCCUCCCUCAGACCCAGGAGUUCAUACUCCAGCCCCUCCUCCCUCAGACCCAGGAAUUCAGACCCCCAACCCCUCCUCCCUCAGACCCAGGAAUCCAGGCCCCAGACCCUCCUCCCUCAGACCCAGGAGUACAGACCCCCAGUCCCUCCUCCCUCAGACCCAGGAGUACAGACCCCCAGUCCCUCCUCCCUCAGACCCAGGAGUCCAGACCCUAGUCCCUCCUCCCUCAGACCCAGGAGUUCAGACCCCCAGUCCCUCCUUCCUUGGACUCAGGAAUCCAGACCCUAGACCCUCCUCCCUCAGACCCAAGAGUUCAGACUGCCCAGCCCCUUCUCCCUCAGACCCAGGAGCCCAGACCCCAGCCCCUCCUCCCUCAGACACAGGAGUCCAGGCCCCCAGCCCCGUCCAUCCUCAGAUCUUCAAAUGGAAUCUGGGGCCAGGCACGGUGGUGCACGCUUGUAAUUCCAAGGCUUUGGGAGGCCAAGUGGGAAAGAUUGAGCCUAGGAAGCUGAGGUUGCAGGGAGCUGUGAUUGUGCCACAGCAAUCCAGCCUGGGUGACAGACCAAGAUCCUGUCUUAAAAAAAAAAAAAAAAGAAAAAGAAAGAAACUGGGCCCCCAGCCUUCUCUGUGAUACCCGGGAGUCCUGCUCUCAGGAUUUAGAAGUCCAGAAUCCCAAGUUCUCUGAGAAUCAGGCAUCCAACCCUCCUCCUUCAUCAUGGCAAAAAAAAUCCCUGGACCCAGACCCAGAUAUCCAGGUUAAGUCCCUGGUCAAAAGGACCACACAUUUCCCUGAUGGUUAUCCACCUUGCCUUGCCACGGUCUGUGCUCAUCCCUCUCUCUGUCCUUCAUUCCUCUCUGACAUCUUUCUCCCAGAGUAACUGCUAACUUCCAGUCUAAAUCUCGCUGAGGAAGAAGAGAUACCACCUCAUGAUUCAUCUUGGAGUGGCCCAAGCUUCCCUCCACCUUGUUUAAAAUGCCCCAUUCCUGGAGACUUGCCCUGUGCCCAGCCCUGGGCUGAGCAAUGCUGACCAGGAAGCAGUGAUCACUGCCCCACUAGGGCUCACCUUCCACUAGAGGAAAGAGACCUGUCCCUAGAUAGUGAUGACCCAGAGAGGGCAUGGCUGGGGUAGGGAAUCCCAGGGGACUACAGGAACCCAGAGUGGGCACCUGACAGCCUGGGAGGUCAGGGAGUGCUUCCAGGAGGAGGCGAUGUCUGAGCUGAGACUUAAAAGAUGAUGAGGCCAGACGUGGUGGCUCAUGCCUGUAAUCCCAGCACUUUGGGAGGCUGAGGCAGGCGGGAUGCUUGAGCUUAGAAGUUUGAGACCAGCCUAAGCAACAUGAUGAAACUCCAUCUCCACAAAAAAUUUUGGAAAAAUUAGCCGGGCAUGGUGGCACAUGCCUGUAAGUCCUAGCUACUCAGGAGGCUGAGGUGGGAGGAUGGUUUGAGCCUGGGAGGUCAAGGCUUCAGUGAGCCAAGACUGCAUCACUGCACUCCAGCCUGGGCAACAGGGCAAGACCCUGUCUCAAAAAAGAAAAGACAGAUUUUUAAAUGAUGAAAAAGUAUUCCAAUGGACAGGAGGCUUGAAAGAAUGUAUCAGGACCGGGCGCAGUGGCUCACACCUGUAAUCCCAGCACUUUGGGAGGCCGAGGCAGGCGGAUCAUCUGAGGUCAGGAGUUCGAGACCAGCCUGGCCAACAUGGUGAAACCCUGUCUGUACUAAAAAUACAAAAAUUAGCCAAGCAUGGUGGCGGGCACCUGUAAUCCCAGCUAGUCAGGAGACUGAGGCAAGAGAAUCACUUAAACCCAGGAGAUGGAGGUUGCAGUGAGCUGAGAUUACAUCAUUGCACUCCAGCCUGGGCAACAAGAGCGAAACUCUGAAAAAAAAAAAAAAGGAAGGAAGGGA